AUGAUAAAUGUAUGGAGAAUAGAUUUUAUUAAUAAUCAAUUAACAUUUCUCUAUUCUUUAUAAAAACAUUCUAGAUCUGUCAACUAAUUAAGUUUAAAUGAAUCAGAAAGACUAUUGGUUUCAUGUGGAUAUGAUACAUUAAUAAUAAUUUGGUAAAAAGAUGCAAAUAAUAAGUGGACUUUUUAGUAAGUUGUUAAUUACAAUUAAUAAUCAAUUCAAGAUAGUGUGGCUCAUGUUAAAUUCAUAAAGGAAGAUUAAUUCAUAUUGUUACCUUAUAAAUUCAAUUGUUUAUACGUAUUUUAACAAAAAGAUGGUUAAUUUCAAGAAAUAAUAGAGAAGAAAGUUUAAUUUAAAAAAAAUAGCGAGGGAUAUGUAAAUUAAUCAUUCUUCCCUAUAAUAUACAUUAAGGAUAAAAAUUUAAUAUGUUUGAGACAUAUAAACCAUAUUAUGUUACUCAAAGAACAAAAUGAUGGAUAAUUGUAAAUUGUUUAGGAAUUAGAUUGCCAAUAUUGGAAUAUAUAUGGAACAGUAACAAACAAUGGAUAAUAUUUAAUAUAUUGGGGAGAAAAGAAGUAUAAAUAUGAGAUAUAUGAAAUAUAGUAUAAAUGA